UUUUUUUCCCGUUGGCGGCUCGCGUGAGUCUCGCGAGAACUGCGGUCUUCACAUACGUGGCCUUUUCCUGAAGCUGCUGGAGAGGAUAGGUAGUGGAGCCGCUAUGGAACUGGAAGCUAUGACCAGAUACACCAGCCCGGUGAACCCGGCUGUGUUUCCUCAUCUUACUGUGGUCCUGCUUGCCAUUGGCAUGUUCUUCACAGCAUGGUUCUUUGUAUAUGAGGUCACAUCUACAAAAUACACACGAGAUGUAUACAAAGAGCUGCUCAUCUCACUGGUCGCAUCACUCUUUAUGGGCUUUGGAGUUCUUUUCCUGCUGCUCUGGGUAGGAAUUUAUGUCUAAAGGUGUAGAGGGGCGAUUUGAGAACGACAUUCCGGGGGUCUGGCGUAUUCUUUGGGCUUACACUUUAUCACACAAACACACACACAGGGCAUGAGAAUUGGCACUGGAUGGAUGUCUGGACUUGGGGUUGAUUUCACAAAUAAAACAGAUUUUGUAAGAAA